UCAAAGUGUUGUUAGCGUGAUAGGCUACGGGAUCAUAGGAAUGCCUAAUUCUACCAGUAAUGUCGGCGUCUUUACCCCAAGAAACGGAAUUAAUUGAGAGACACGAAGAAAUUUUAGGACGGAGAGCAGAGCUGCUGGAGCAGAUGGAGAGUCUCAGAGAGCAGCUGAAGAUCCAGAGGAGGCAGCAGGUGAAGGAGUCUGAGGCGGCGCUCCACAGGAACAGCUCACUGCUGCAGGAUUUACAGAAGAUAGAAGAGCGUCUCAGAGGAGGAUGGCGGCCCCGCCCACAGCUCCUGGCUCUGGAGACGAGAUACUGGGCGUCUGUGGAAGAAUCUCUCCCAGCCUGGGAGCACUUUCUCCUGGGUAAAGGCCCACACCCUACUCAUGGUCCAGCACAGCCACCCAGAAGACCCAGACAGAAAGCCAGCACAGCCAGAGGCCAGGGCCUGCCUCCUCGCCCAAAACCCAGGACCGCUCCAUCAGAGCGCUGAUGCUGAACGAGUCCCUGCAGCCAGAGAGAGAGAUUCUCAAACCCCAUUCAGACCCUCCUUUAUCAGCAUCCUACCAUCAGGGUUGGAGGCUUUGGUGAACAAUGCUUUUCUCUGUGCAAUGGAUUCAGUGAUACAAACAUUUAGAAAGGAGAGAGAGAGGGAGAGUGAGCAAGAGAAGGGAGAACGAGUGUGUUUGAACUCUACUGCAGGCUGAUGUCUCUGCCAGCAGUGUGUCCCCUGAAUGAGACCGCUGUCAGAGGGACAUGCACUAGUCCACUACAGACACUUCUAUUUAAUAUUCAUUCAAGCAUUCAGGGAUCAUUUGUUGUCAUUAUGCAACACAGGGAUGCACAACUACUUCAUUUGUAACCCAACAAACACACGACAAACUCAAGUAAAACAGUCGUACAUUCCUGUAGUGCAUUAGUUUGAAUUUGUGCCUUAAUGAAUGAAAAGAGCAGCAACAGAAACAAUUCUCUGCUCAGAUAACAUGGCCGACAUCUUCAUAUUAAAGAUGAGGACAACACUGUCCAUCAACUGUGACUGUGUUUGAGCACCAAGUAUCAUGAUGUGAACACAGAGUCCACCAGAGUCCUGCUCUCUGUCCUGAUGUCCGCCCCUCAAGUGCAGUUUGAUCCUGAACCACGACGGAUCCAGGUCUCUGUGAAGAUGUGGGCUCAACAGUCGGCAACCUCCAGCUGCUGUCAUCCAUCUGGGCUCUCCUCCCUGGGGCCGUUUGGGGGGCCGUGGACCUCUGCACUGAAUCCAACCCCCACGCAGAAGUUGAACGUAUUCUGACAUAUCGAUGGCCGAAGAGCAAAACCUGAAAAAUCUGAAAAAUUCCUGGAUAAUUUUGCAGAUUGGAUAUUUUGCACUUGGUGCAAGUUGGAGGAGGUUCUACAAAAAGAUGCUCUGAAUUAAGUUUCAACAAAGGGCGGGAUUAUUUGAAGACAGACUGAAUAUGAACAGCCUUCCGUGUUCUCAUCAUCCAAAGUGAAAUCCGGCAAUCAGAAAAUUCUGCAGAUAGGAGGUUUUGCGUUUUGGCCCUUGAUAUGUCAUUAGUGAUGAACACUUUAAAAAAAAAACGAAGACAAAAAUGUAUCGAAAUUCAUGUACAUGCGCCGUCGUUGCCAUAGCAACUGAUCUACAAAUCGAUGCAUGAAGAGGAGCGAUGAUCACUUUAGAUCUCCACUAAAGUCUGGAAAGAGAACAUGCUGUUGUUGCUUUAUUCUAAAAUCAUCAUCAGACACUUCUUUGCGUUCAUUUAUUUCAUCUUAGUUUUUAAUUUUCUUCACUGUUUUUUAAGUAAAAUAUAUUUUAAAAUGAAGUUCAUGACUGUACUGACGUUGUUGACAGUAUAACAUGGUAUGUGUAUUGAAAGCAGGAUGUUGACUUUGUGACGCUGAUGCUGAGUGAUCUCUGCUGUCUGUUGUUCGCAGUGUGGUUUCACGACCACUAGAGGGAGCCAGUGUCUACACUCGAAGAGAAGAGAGAAAGCUUUGGACUCUGCAUUACAAGAUGAAUGAUAAUCGUUUAUCAUAUAGUUGUACACCACCAUGUGGGAAAACACAACUCAAAUGACAAACUGAUCUAUCUGAUGUUUACAGCAGUGGAAUCAGUUUUCUGCUUUGAAUGCGUGAUUUGUUUAUAUCUGACAAUAUGAUCACGUGAUCACAGUAGGAUUCCACUGAGACUCUUUGUUUUAAAUGAAGACACUGCUGUACUGAUGGAAUCAAACAUUGAUGCAUUAAAUAAGUUUGGUUUAUUUUGUAGAAAUUGUAGAUUUUCAUGAGUUCUUGAAUAUAUAUUACGUUGCUGGUAUACCUAUAGGCACCGGUACAUCUGCAGCAGUUUGAGCUCUGUUGGUUGUAAAAUGAGCCAACAUGCAUUAUGACUGCCUCCAUGAUGUCACAGGGGCAACACCAACACAUUGCACACUGUACAUGUGAGUGAAGUAGUGUGUGGAUGUACAGAACCGACAGAGGGGUAAUGAGAGGAACAUCUGACCAUAUGCAAAAGAAACGGGGCACCUGCUGGUUCACUGGGUGGACCCCCCCCUCUCUCUUUACCCCCUAAUUGUCGGUGAUCAGACCUGCGCUGGGCUGACGCGGAGUGGCGGCUUGACAAACGCAAUCAUCCGGACAGCCGGGGUUGAAGUGGCCCGUGGUUGGCAGCUGCCUUGGCUCCUCAGCUGGGGCCCCAGUGCUGCAGGCCCUCGGGGGCCAACUAGCCAGAGACUAGUCUGGGUGUUGGGGUGCUGGUUUAGUGAAGGGGCAGGACAGUGCUGUGAGGUCAAGGCCAGGAUUCAAGGAAGCUAGAGGGGUGGGGGAGGUAUUAAAGCUGUGUGUCCGAUCACGGGUGACAGGAUCGGAUGGUGGGAGGGUGAGGGGGCGAGAGGGGUGAUGAAGACGCCAUGUAGUGAAUUAUCUAAAAGGGUUUUGAAGAGCACGAUCUGGAGCCCUUCCAAAUGACUAGCCCUGCAUGAUGUAUUCUAAUGGCCGAGGCCCCCGGGGCUGCUGGAUCCCAGUCGCCCCUGUUGUCAGUGACCAGACCUCAUUUCAUCCUGCCAGCCAACAACGUUGACCCCCUCAGACGGCUGCCCGGCUCUCCUCCAGCCCUCUGUCCCUGGUGCCAUGGAUCCGGAGCCAUGCGAUUAUGCAACAUGGUUUGGCUAUUGAGAGCCCACUGAGAGCCCUGACAGAUAAUUGGCUGAGCCCAGAGCCGCGCAAAUGGUUAAGUGUGGACUCCAGUUGAUUGGAUAAUGGGUAAUUGCACGCUGCAUUUCAUUCAGUGAUAUGCUGCGGGUGUAGCAGGGGCAAGUGAAGGGGAGGGAGAGAAUGGAGGAGGGAAAAUAUUUUGGCGUGCUGCGUUUUUUGCAGCCCAUUAUUUCACACUUUGGGUCUGUUGCAUUUGUUUGGAUCUCGAGCACGGAGAGAUCACAGAUUUGUAUCAACUGCCGAUGCCAUUUAAAUUGCAAAUGACUGUUGAAGUUUAUUGUUGAAGAGUAUCAUUUUCUCUCACUGGGACUUCAGAGAUCGGAGCGGCCGCUGAGCGCUGUGCCUGGUGGCGCUGUUUGAGGCUUCCCUCUGACCCUGAGUGAGCCUGUAAGUCCAGAGUCUGUCCUUUGAUCAUGGGAUGUCACCUCUACUUAGGAGCCCGGGCUGCCAGCUCUUUGUCUCCUCCGUCACAGAGGCCUCCAUGGUUGUCAUGUUGCCUUACAUUAAGUAGAAGGCUUCAUGUUGUACACUAAGAGGAAGCAACACUGGCCUUAAGGUAGCCUGGCUCGGCUCCCCGUGGACUGCACCACACAAGUGUAACAUUUCCUCUUUAACACUGUAAUCACAAACCUCUCGGCUCUCCUGCAGCCCCUUCCGACACAAAAAGCUUUUUUCAUUUUUUAUUUUUGAAAUGACCUGCACUCAAACAGAACCAGCUUUCUGGAGCUAAUGUGAGAAUCCUUUCCCGGCUGGACUUGAAUAUACUAGAGCUGCAUUUUGUCUCUUAGAGAAUCGCGGUGGGGGGGGGGGUUGCGCUUGCUGAAUUCCACUUCACUCGCUGUAUCGAGUCAGAGUGUGCGGUGCUAUUCAUAUCGACUGGCGGAUUAAGUGGGCUGCUGAAAGGACACGUACAAAUUUUGUGUUUGUGUUCUUGCGCCUUUUGUUGAUAUCGAUUGUGCCUUGGCAUGGAUUCCCACAUGGCACCGGCGCCUUGUGUUUGAUUCUUAAUGAAGGCCUUUAUCACGCUCUAAUCAGUUUACUAUCACACAUACGAGUCAAAGCAAACACUUCAGUGUGUUUCUUACUUGAGAAAAAGCACACGGGUAAUCACUCAUCUGAUUGGGUUUUGACUGCUGCAGUGCCACGUUAAAAACAUCGGUAGCUUUUACGGCAGAGAGGGACAUCUUAUCACACCUGGUUUACUACAUCACACACAUCAGGGUAGAUUCAGGAAGUAGUGUGCUUUUACAGAGACAUGGUCCCAAUCCCAACGUCCCCUCAGGCCGUAAACCCUAAGCCCUCUGGGAUUUAACUCACGUCACUUGGUAAAUGGUUGAGUGUGAGAGGCCGCAAGGGCCUCAAAUGGCAUAAAUAUGCCAUUUGACUGUAUGUAAGAAGUAGACGUAGUCACCUCGACUAUAGUUUUGAAGCCUUUGGUUUGGUGUUUUGGUCGCCCCCAUCUUGGUUUUUGUAACCAGAGAGACAUCAGAGGGUGGAGCUAAG